UCCGAAAGAUUCCGAACAGAAGGUGAAGGUCGGGCUAGCUGUGACAUGAAAAUAAACAAACAUUCUAUGAAUGGUUUUGACAGUGAAUGUUAACAUUCUGCACAUUGCCGCGUGUUAGAUUCAUGAAGAACUGAAAGAAAAAACAUGUAUAAGAAGAAUGCAGCUCGGAGUCUAAUUGAGAGGGCGUCAUGUCAGCUGAGGGGAGAAAAGGCACCGGUCAGGGUCUCAACAGAGGAGGAAGACAUCCAGGCCUACCUCAGUGGUCUGAGCAAGAAAACGGGGGAUGCUGCUGGGACAACCACAUCCACGCCUGCCAAACCCAAACCAGCCUUUGCUUUUGAAGAGUUCAGUGACUUAUCUCUGUCCGAAGGUGACCUCACACCAAGAAAGAAGAAGAAGACCCCAGCUGCCACAAACAAAUACCUCAAGAAAAAAACAGAGUCUGUACCUGAAAAACCGUCCGAGAAAAUUAUCACGAAGCCAGUUACAAAAAAGGAUGACCAGAAAGAAAAUAGCGCUCCAACAGGUGGCAGGACUGUUGUCAAUAGUGCGGCAAAUAAAUCGUCACCGCUCAGCAAAAUUGCAGCUUUUGAAGAAAAAUUCAGAAACAAAAAGGCGAAUGCUGCUAAGUAUCAAAUGAGUGAUAGUGAUUUGGACAGCAUGACUUUCAGUACGAGUAUGGAAAAUGAACUAGCCAAAGAAGUCCCUGGGCUGAAGCAGCACAAAAUGACCAAAUCCAGGCCAUCGCCAAAAAAUUCUCCGGACCAAAACAAUAAUGAUAAUUUCCUGAAGAAAAAGCCUACGGUGACAUCAGGUCAACCAUCGUUGUCAAAAACAAUGCAUAAAUUUAGUACUAAAAAUAACUUAAGUAAACUUAAUAGCGAUGAGGACAGUAGCAGUUUAGGCAUUGGAAAAGGCAGCAGUAAAUUCAUCAAGAAAAAGCCAGUUGCAUCCAAAGAGCCUGCACCGGCUGUUAGUACUAAGACAGCCGACGUCAGGAAUAGUCCGACUGCUACCAAAAAAUUACGAUUCGAUUUGUCGGAGGAUUCAGAUAUGAUGGAUUUGCAAAGGCGAAAGUCCGCUGACCCUCCUUUGCCAUCCACCCAGCCACUUAAACCUGCCUUGAAAACUUCAUCCUCAUUUCGGAAGUCAAUGGAGUCUGAUUCUGACCUGGCGGACUACAUGGACUUCGGUGACGUCUCUUCGUCAACGACUACCUCGUCCCCACGCAGAAAGGCAGUGAUACAGCGACAGCGAUCUGCGGAAGAGGAAGACCUGCCGAGACCCAGUAGUAAGCCGUUCUACCAGACGUCGAGCAGCUUUGGUGAAACAGUGAUUCUCUCUGAUCCGUUUGAGGCGUUAGACCAUGAAGAGGAGCCCAGUAUCCAGGAGAGCAUCGACACGGAUGACAGUUAUAAAAAUGAUCAGUCAGCGGCCUCUGUGCCCAGCGAGGUGAAUAUUGUCAUGGAUAUUGGUAGUCUGGAACCAAUCGGCCAAACUAAGAAGAAGGAACAAAAAAGACCAAAAUCACCUGAAACGAAGAAGAAGAGUGAUAAAAAAUCAGAUAGAGGGAAAUCUUCCGAUACAAAGUCCAAAACCAAAGCCAGUGAUAAUGAUUUCUUCUCAAGCAUGGGCCUUAUGAGCGUUGACGACUUGCUGGGUGCCAGAGAAAUAUCUGAUGAGGACAUGGUUGCACCUGUGCUGGGUGAGAAGAAACCCAACAAAGCCGACAAGAAAACGGAGAAAAAGAAACCGAAAAAGAAGAGUGAAACCGCUGAUUUAUUCAGUAACUUUGGCCUACAGACUAUCGACGAUCUUUUAGGUGGGGGCGUGUCUGAGGAAUCGAUCCGUGACGAGUCAGAGAUUCUCGAAGUCCCAGAAACGCCACAUUCUGAGAUAACGACAGAAAUACGCUCAGUUUCAGAUGCACGAUCUUUAGGAUAUAGUUACGAUGAUGACUUUGAAAGCGAAAUCAAGACGGAGGUCUCUAAGAAAAGUCGUGAGGACUCCAUACCGUAUUCAGAGGAUUUCGAGACGAGUGUUUCUGAGAUUUUGACGGAGAAGGAGACACCGAGAAGAAAGCCAUCAUACUCUGAGACGGAUUCUGAUACUCUCACACCAACUCCAAGUGACGAUGAGACCGUCUCUUAUUCGGAGAGUUAUACAUCCUACACAGACUCAAGGACUUCUUAUACUGAUUCAAGGUCUGUUGUUGUUCUGCGGAAGAAGGAGACCAGAGCUGUGGAGGUUCAGACCGGUCUCGAGGGAGGACUAGGUUAUCGAUGGAAUACUCAAGGUGUUGGCAUGUCCUAUAUGGAGCCACCAGUUGGGUUAGGGUAUACUGAUCCAACACCUAUAGCCUCACAUGUGGUCAGUCCAGAUAGUAUUGAAGCCAUGACCGCCUACAGCCCGAAUGUGAUCGCCCUGAAUGACAUGUUACGGAUGCAGAUUCAGCUGACUCAGCAGUUUGUCACCAUGCAGCGCAGAUUAUAUGAUUCGUUCUCAACAUCUAUAGAGGACUCGUAUCAGUACACAACUCUUGAGGACACGAAAGAGUACAUAAAACAGCACAGGAAGCAGACACUUACCUUUGAUGAAGCGUUGAAAAUGGUGAAAGAAGAAAUGGGAGAAAGAUGAUGAGCAGACGUCAAUGUGAUAGUGGGCAUUCUUUGUGCAAGAGGGAACCUCGUUAUAAUACCAUUUCCUUAUAAGUCUAAUAAUCACUACUAAACAAGGUACACUAUUUGAGUCAUGUAUUUUGUGACAAAAAUCAAGCGACACCCCUCCAAUUGUAGUGAUAUCCAUUGAAUAGAAGCUGAAUUCCUUUGCAAAAGCCCCCUUUGCUCAAAACUUGGUACCGAGUGCUGGCUAGGAUGCUGUAGUGUUGCUUCCAAAUGCUUAGUCUUUAUGAAUUCUUGGUAAAAUACAGUAGAACCUCCCUAAGUGGACAACUCUGUAUUGAGGACAACCUCUCUAUUAAGGACACUCGUUCUGGUCCCAAGUUAGUUGUUUCCUUUCAAUUUAACCUCCUUAGUCAGGACACCUCUAUUAAGGACAGCAUUUGUCAGUCCUGAGGGUGUCCUUAAUAGAGGGGUUAUACUGUAUAGCAUUUGUAAUGACGGUGAUAAGAUUCACUGUUGGUAUUCAUGUACAGAUGACUGAGAGCAUGAUUUCAUAAAUCAGCUGGUAUGAUUUUAGAUCUGCUCUUUGGUACAUGUAGUUAUUUUUUCAUAAGAUUUUUAAGUCCAUCCAUUUCACAAUUACAAUUGUAUCUUGUUGAAACCAAAUGGUUUAAAUUCCAUCCAGAGUGUGUAUGUAACACUGAACAAGGAAUCUUAGAACAGAAGUAUGUGAUACAAUGCCAUGAUAAAAUGCUAAAUAGCUUCAGCCAUAUAACUUUUUAGAUAAAAUUUUAGAUAAGUUAUUGAAGGAUCUUAGAUUGUAGAUUUUAUA